AACCGUGCACUUAUUAGUAAUUGCUCGCUCGAAUGGGCAAAAACACAACUGUAUUCGUAAAUCUACAAACAUAUUCACUUUUUAUGAGCACUAAAUGCCAUAUUCUUGAACACGCUGCUCAUUUGAGAAGGAACAUUGCAUCGGAAAAAAAUGCGACAUAUGGAUACGGCAGCAGGUUAUGAAAAAACAACUAAUUCGGUUGACGAGGAAUAUGAUUUUGAAAAACAAAAUGGCUGCCGGGAGAAGGUUUUCAACGUGAUAAGCCAUGUGUCAGGGAUUACAGCAGCGGUGAGCAUUGUCCUGAUGAUCACAACGUUGCUUGUCAUCGCUUUACAUCCAAGUCUUCGAAAGAAACAAAAUAUAUUCCCUUUUAAUAUUAUCCUGGCGGACUGCGUCCUGUGUUUGCACAUCUUUGUGAAUUAUUCGUUGUGGGCAAGUGGUUCUCCGUUUCAUAACUGCUUAUCUUGCUUGAGGGCAUCACCCUUCGUGGCAUCACAGAUGGUUUCGGCGGGAAGUAUCUUCCUUGUAGCCUUGGAGCAGCUCACUGUUUUCAGACUCGAUCCAUUCGGCGUCAAGAAUAUCCUCACCAAGUGUCGCCGUAUCUUUAUCUGCGUUUUGACGUGGGUCCUGAUGAUCGGGAUAGCCAUAUGCGUCACCACCGUGUUCCCCGAUCCCAUGCUGCCAAACGCCAGGUUCUACUUCUGCAACGUUUCCAUCGUAUUGACAGGCAUCUUUUACUUCUUGGUGUACAGGGCCAUUGUGGGAGCGCGUUUCGACGGCAACAGUCGGAUUCAGCGACAACGGAACAGAAAUAAGCGCAUCCUGCGGACCUACGCCCUCGUCUUGGGAACAACAUUGAUCUUAGCCACAUGUCCGGAUUGUUACUGCUUUAUCGUGUAUUACAUUAGCCUGCAAUCUGUGCCAAGUUGCGUGACCAUCGUAUGGGUUUUCAUGAUAGCGAUGAACUCGCUGGCGAACACUCUUAUUUACUGGUGGCGUCUUAGUGAGUUCCGUGAAAUCUUCUCAUGCAGCACUGUCAAGUCGACAUCGACAGGUGAUACCUUGGCUGUCGAGUCAAACGGGAAGUGUUCAGUCCCCAACAUCCUUGCUAUGUAAAGGUCAAAAUGACCUAUUUUCUCGGUAUAGUCCAGGGGCCCGUCUUACAAAGGGUUGCGAUGGAUCCGAUCAACC